AUGUCCCUCUGGCUCUCGGCGUCGCCGUCCGCCCUUGACCUCGCCCGCUUCACCCGCAUCACGAUCCCCCCGCCGCCGAUCCCCACCAGCGAGGUCGAGCAGGAGAACGAGCUCCUCCAGCGCGAGCUCCUCGCCGACGCCUCUGUGGCCGGCGGCUACAGGCCCGUCCUCAUCGACUACUUUGGGGGCGGACGCGUCCCGCACGAGCGUAUCUCUGCCCCUGGGGAAACGCAGGACUUCAGCACCCCCAUCUGCCCCUCUCCCUCGCAGCCUUGGUCUGCGCUGUAG